AUGUCCGAAUGUAAGCCGAAGAAUAAGAUCGAAGACUUCCAUGUGGUGGCCAACACUCGCAUCCAUAGAACAGACGGCAAGCUCGAAUGGUUCCUGGCAAAAAUGCAAGCAAAGUGUCUGUGCAGCCACGCUUCCAAGCUUCUUGCCAUGUUCUUUGCCAUGGAGUAUCGCUGGAUCGAAGUUUGUUCACAGAAUUCUCUGAUCUGUUUGGGAGAACCGCGGAUGCAACCGGAGGCCAUGACGUGGAGUUCGGGCGACGAGUGCUGA